GCAGGUCUUUCGCCACGGGUGUCUACUGGCUAAUACUCACUUCUGACUCACUAGUCAUUAGUCAGGAGCACUGAGCAUUGAGCUUAGGCCACCAUUUUUUUUUGUGACUCAGAUCAUGGCCAAAAUCGCUCUUGGAAACGGCCGGGAGGCAAUCCAGCCUGAUGUCUUCCAAGCUCUUGUUGUUGAGUUCAUUGUCACCUUCCUCUUUGUUUUUGCUGGUGUUGGAUCAGCCAUGACUGCAGAUAAACUGAGUGGGAGUCCGCUGACGGGGCUAUUUUUCGUGGCAUUGGCGCACACUUUGGUGGUGGCUGUGAUGAUCUCGGCUGGCUUCCGCAUUUCCGGUGGCCAUCUCAACCCUGCUGUCACUCUUGGCCUUUGUGUCGGUGGCCAUAUCACCGUUGUCCGAUCAAUCCUUUACUGGAUUGAUCAGUGUUUAGCUUCUGCAGCUGCUUGUGCUUUGCUCAAGUAUCUCACCGGAGGACUUACAACUCCACCACAUACACUUGCUAGUGGGGUAGACUACACGCAAGGCGUGAUAAUGGAGAUUAUUUUGACAUUUUCCCUGCUCUUCACCGUCUAUGCUACAAUUGUGGACCCCAAGAAGGGAAACCUUGAUGGGCUGGGCCCACUUCUUACUGGGCUAGUUGUUGGUGCAAACAUCAUGGUAGGUGGGGCUUUCUCAGGGGCUUCGAUGAACCCUGCGAGGUCAUUCGGUCCGGCUUUGGUGAGUGGAAACUGGACCGAUCACUGGGUUUACUGGGUUGGCCCACUUAUUGGAGGUGGGCUUGCAGGCUUUGUCUAUGAGAAUUUCUUCAUUGUUAGGUCUCAUGUGCCACUUUCAAAUGCUGAAACUUUCUGAUCUUGUGGAAGUUGUUUCUAGUUGAUUCCAAAUCCUGCUCUAUAUGUAAUAUGUUGCCCUUGGACAGACUUGUUCUGUUAGCCUUGAUGAGUUUUGCUUAUCAGGUAUCUGUUAUAAUUUUUUUUAUGUAAUCUAAGUUCAGUGAAUUCUAAAUUUUCUCCUCUCCUUAUUGUACAAAAUAUAUGUAACCUAUGUUUCUUAGUA